AUGGUUACUACUACAACAUUUCAUUGUAUAUUCAGAUCGAUAUACAUUAGACAUUUGAUAUUCAAUCAGAUAGGUGUGAUAUCAAAUCGGUUGUAUUCAAAAGUUAAUGAACAAGGUUACAAAAGUAGUAGUCGUUCAAAUGAACAACAACGACAACUACGAUCACUAAAAGGAAAAGAUAUCAUUAAAUUACCUCGUCUUAAAAUGAUAUCAAAGUUUGGGUUACCUUGGCACUUUCUAAGUCAUUAUCUACCUAAAGAUAGAGUCGAUCUAUUAGUAUUGGAAAGAGCAAUCUCCAAAUACUGUUGUCAUCGUAAUGCAACAUUGGAUACACUUGAACGUCUAUUGGAAUGGUCGACUCUGGUUGACUUUAAUUGGAAUAUAUUGCAAAGAUAUAUGAAAGGAUUAGAAAGAAAUCAAGAGAUAUUGGAAUAUCUAAUCAAGAGGUGUCCUGCGAGUGGAUACAAUAAUUUUCUAUUCCAUUUUUUGGAAUUUGCGUGUAAUAAUGGUAAUCUCUCAAUAGUCAAGUCGAUAAAAUCUAUCAAAGAUGUGGUGGGACUAGACUCGACAUCAAUAAUAAUGUAUACUGCUUGUAUUAAAGGAUUCAUUGAUAUUGUAAAAUAUUUACAUGAGAAUCAUAAAAGUAUAGGAUGUGAUAGAGAUGCAAUGUUUCUUCAUUUUAAUAGAACUGAAGGGUGUACAAGAAAUGCUUUGAAUAAAGCAGCUGAAUAUGGUCAUUUAGAUAUUGUCAGAUUUCUACAUGAACAUCGAACUGAAGGAUGCAGCAAAGUAGCUAUGAAUGAAGCCAGUCGAAAAGGAUUCAUAGAUAUUGUAAAGUUCCUACAUCAACAUCGUACUGAAGGUGCAACUACCAUGGCCAUGGAUUGGGCCGCUCGAAACGGCUAUAUUGAAAUUGUAAAGUUCCUACAUUUCAACAGGACUGAAGGUGCGACCACUGAUGCUUUAGAUUGGGCUGCUGCAUGGGGCCACUUUGAAAUUGUAAAGUUCCUUUCAGAGCACCGUACUGAAGGUGCAACAAACGAUGCUAUCGAUGAAGCAUCAAUCAAUGGUUACACUGAAAUUGUAGAAUACCUUUCUCUAAAGAAAUAA